AUGUAUAGAACAAGUAAAACAGAGCCAGAACCAGUGUGGUCAACACCCUCUACUGAGAAAAGUUUAAAUACAAAAUCGACUAAUAUUGAUACCUCACUUCAAAAUGGACAGACUAAAGAAAUUGAGGUUGAAGUUAAAACCAAAAGAAAAAUUACAAAGGUAGAGGAAACUCCUAACAAAAAGAAAAAGAAAGAAAAAGAAAAAAAAAUACCAGAAAUCCAAGCAUCUACUGUGAAAUUUAGUGAUAUUGGUGGAAAUGAAGAAACUUUAAAAGAAGUAUGUAAAUUAUUGGUACAUAUGAAACAUCCUGAAGUAUAUAAACAACUAGGUGUGACCCCACCUAGAGGAUUUUUAUUACAUGGACCCCCAGGGUGUGGCAAGACCUUAUUGGCUAAUGCAAUAGCAGGGGAACUUGGUUUACCAUUUAUUAAACUAGCAGCAACUGAAGUGGUAUCAGGUGUUUCUGGUGAAUCAGAGGAGAAGAUUAGAGAUCUAUUUGAAAAAGCUGUUUCUAAUUCACCGUGUAUAGUGUUUAUGGAUGAGAUAGAUGCUAUAACUCAGAAAAGAGAAACAGCAUCUAAAGAGAUGGAAAGAAGAAUUGUCACUCAGUUAUUAGCCUGUUUAGAUGAUUUAAACAGUAAACCAGAAGCUAAUGUAUUAGUAAUAGGAGCUACCAAUAGACCUGAUAGUAUUGAUCCUGCCUUAAGACGUGCUGGAAGAUUUGAUAGAGAAAUAUCAUUAGGUAUACCUGAUGAAUCAGCCAGAUAUAGAAUAUUACAAGUACUGUGUAGAGAAUUAAGAUUAUCAACAGAUUUUAGUUAUGAAUCACUAGCUCAUAAUACUCCAGGUUUUGUUGGUGCUGAUUUAUCAGCUCUAGCAAGGGAGGCAGCCAUGAAUGCUGUUAAUAGUGUUACAAUGGUUAAAAGAACAACCUCCAUUAUCAGAUCACCAACUACAGAAUCUCUUCAUUACUAUGGAAGAUUUUCAGAUGUUUCAGCAUUGAAACAUGUUCAGCCAUCAGCUAAAAGAGAAGGUUUUGCUACUAUACCAGAUGUUACAUGGGAUGAUAUUGGUGCUUUAAAACAAGUUAGAGAUGAACUACAGUUAGCCAUAUUGGCACCAGUCAAACACAGUGCUGAGUUUAAAGCUCUUGGACUCACAUCACCUCCAGGAAUAUUAUUAGCUGGUCCUCCAGGUUGUGGUAAAACAUUACUGGCUAAAGCUAUAGCUAAUGAGUCUGGUAUUAACUUUAUAUCUGUCAAAGGUCCUGAAUUAUUAAACAUGUAUGUCGGUGAAAGUGAACGAGCCGUUAGACAAGUGUUUCAAAGGGGCCGUAACUCCUCUCCAUGUGUGAUAUUUUUUGAUGAAAUUGAUUCCCUUUGUCCUAGAAGAUCUGCUGCAACAGAUGGAGGAGCCAGUGUUCGAGUUGUCAAUCAAAUGUUAACAGAGAUGGAUGGAUUAGAAACUAGAAAACAGGUUUAUAUUAUGGCUGCUACUAACAGACCAGAUAUUAUUGAUCCUGCUAUACUACGACCAGGUAGAUUAGAUAAAACAUUAUAUGUUGGUUUACCUACAGUAGAAGAUAGACUGGAGAUUUUACUUACUAUAACAAAGAAUGGCACUAAACCCAAACUAGCAGAAGACGUAAAAUUAAUUGAUAUUGCCGCCAAUGAAAAAUGUGAUGGAUACACUGGAGCAGACCUAGCGGCACUAGUAAGAGAAGCAUCAGUAUGUGCUUUAAAAGAAUUAAUACAACAGACAUCUACAAAUACCGCUGUUCCCAUGGUAACAAGACAACAUUUUGAUCUGGCAUUAAAUAAGAUUAAACCCUCAGUUUCUAAAAAGAGAUUGCAGAACAAAUUACAAAAAAUAAUAUGA